AUUUUCGAUAAUAAUUUUAUCCCACAUAUUACUAUGGAACUAAGUUUAUUUAAAAUUGAUCCUUGUUUUGUAUGAAAUGUACUAAUUAGUUAGGUUAUAUGUUUGUUGAAAUAAAUUGUUUAUCUAUUUAAUGAGUUCAUUGGUUUAUACGAUAACUGUGAUAAAAAUUGAUAACAGGUUUUAAUCGUUUACAAGAAUAUCUUUCGUGCUUUUUUAUUUAAAGGAAACAGUUUCUAGACGAAAGUCAGUACUUAUAUAACCUCGCAAGAGUUUCUUACUUUAAAAUCACUACUCAGUGAUCAAAUUAAUUAUUAAAAAUGUCUCCAGGAAUUACUGUUGUUGGUUCAUGUAUGAUUGAUUUUACUUGAACUUCAAAAACAUUAAGGGAAUGUAUAAUGAAGGAAGAAAGUAAAAAUAUAAAACUAUAGCUUCUCUCCACGUUUACCGAAAUCUGGUGAAACAUUAAUUGGUAAUAAUUAUGAGAUAAAAUAUGGAGGUAAAGGUGCCAAUCAGUGUAUAGUAGCUAGCAGACUUGGUGCUUCAACGGCAAUGGUUGCUUCUUUAGGUAAUGAUAUUUACGCGCAAGAAUAUUUAAAGAUAUUUAAGAAAGAAAAUAUAGAUGCUUCGCAUGUUCAAAUACAACCAAAUCAACACAGUGGUAUAGCGCAUAUAACUGUUGCAGACAAUGGCGAGAAUAGCAUAGUAGCCGUGUUAGGAUCAAAUUCGUUGUUAAGUCCGAAACAAGUGGAUUCUGCAAUAAACCUUAUCAGGGAUAGCAAUGUUUUAUUAUGCCAAUUCGAAAUACCUUUAGAAACCACAUUAUAUGCUUUAAAGCUUUAUAAAGGCCAUGGUCUGUCAAUUUUGAAUGGAGCUCCUGUUAUAGAAAACAUUGAUCUGGAAUUGCUAAAAUUUUGCGAUAUAUUCUGUGUCAAUGAGAGCGAGACAGAGGCUAUAACUGGAGUGGAACCUAUGGGAUCUUUGAACAUGCAGAAAGCUAUUGAUAUACUAUUAGAUAAGGGUUGCAAUACGGUGAUACUUACUCUUGGAGAACGAGGAGCUGCAUAUGCAUCCAAGAAUGACAGAACUGUUAAAUUGGUCCCUACCACAUCUGUUCAACCCAUAGAUACAACAGGAGCUGGAGAUGCAUUUCUGGGCGCUUUUGCAUAUUUCAAAGCUUACCACCCAGAACUAUCAAUGAACGAGUGUGUGCGAAGAGCUUGUGUGAUCGCUACAGAAUCGGUGUUGAAAAUCGGUACGCACGCGAGCUUUCCAACCAGGAACGAUCUGUCGCCUGAUUUGUUCGUUUGAACGAAUUAAAAUUGUGUUUGUUUAUUGUUUUUA